AUGCCAAAGAACACAUUAUAUGUUACCGGGUUUUCUCGGGAGUCUAAGGCCGCUGACUUGGCUCCAGACUUUGAGAAAAUUGCUAACAUCCUUAGAUACGGAGAAUUGAUCCGUUUAGAUAUUCCUCCUCCAAGAACUGAUGAUGGUGAAAAAUACGCCUUUGUCGAAUAUAGAAACCCAGAAGAUUGUGAACGGGCUUUGGAACUCGAUGGGAAGAAUUUGCCUUAUGCCUUGAAAGAUGGUCUUGUGGUUCAAUUGGCUCGUUCGGAUCCUUAUUCCAUGAGAAGAGGUGGUUUCAGAGGUAGAGGUGGCUACAGAGGUGGCUACGGAGGUGGAUAUCCUCCUAGAGGUGGUUAUGCUGGUGGCUAUGGUGGUGGCUAUGGUGGUGGCCCUGGGUAUCCUCCUCGUGGUGGAUAUGGCUAUGCCCCUCGUGGUGGCUACGGAUAUGCUCCUCGUGGUGGAUAUGGAUACGCUCCACGUGGUGGAUAUAAUGGCUACAAUGGUGGUGGAUAUGGUGGCCGUGGUGGCCGUGGUGGAUAUGGUGAAGGUUCGCCAUAUGGUGGCAGUGACAGGGAGUAUCGUUCCCAUAGGGGUGGCCCAAUGAGAGAUCAAGGAGGGUAUGAUAGCAGGUCUGAACGAAUGGAAGGUGGAGAUAUACAUGAUGGUCCAAUUAAUGAAGGAGGUAAUCGUCAACAUGAUUCCGGGAUUAGAGGUUCAGAUGAGGGCAAUAGUAACCAUAAUAACAAUGAUAGUAAUAACAAUAGUGGAGGAGAGAAUAAACCCCAUCAUCGUGAAGAAAGAAGAUAUUCCAGAUCUCCAAGCAGAUCACCAAGAAGAGACAGAUCCAGAUCACCUGAGAGAUACGAUAAUUACUAA